CGGUGCGAGCAAAUUUGUUACAGCCACAAACGUUAAAUUUUGAAUGGUGCCAGUGUUAGCUAACGACUCGAAAAUUGCUAAAUACACUUCCAAAAUCUAUACUAAAUCUAACAAUCGCAGCAAGCUGCAGCUCGCACAGCUAUUUUUCAUAAUCAACCAUUUCAAUUUAAACUUUGUCGAAAUGGCUUUGCCGCAGGGAGCCUAUGCGGCUUGUAAAUUACGUGAGCAGUUCCAGGAGAAAGACAUGAUUGUCUCACGCCUAAGAGCUGCGAACAUUUCUGAUAAAAUUGACAAUAAUGCACAGCGUGAAUAUUCGCCGGCCAAGUACAAUGAUAAGCUAAUGAAUUCCAUUUGGGGCCUCUACAAUCGCUAUUCGCCACACAAUGUCAAGAAGAACGAGUACGCCCCGCCCAAAUUCUAAUUAAAACUGGCGGCGCAACAGCUCCCCCAUUGAGCUGUUGCGCCUCCAUUGCAGCCUCUGCCUGAAGACGUUUAAUUGUUUUUUGGGCUAUUGGCUAAUGCUGCUUGCUGCACAGGCACACGCACACAUAUAUACGCACAUACCUACGCGUAGUAUAUAAACACUAUAUAAUCUCCACAUAUAUACUCAAUUAUAUAUAAACAAAAACA